UUUUGAGUACGUGAAUUGUCAUUCCUCUUCAGCACUGUGCGCCGAAAAUUUGAGUUUCCCCGCGGUUUUCUUAUUGUGAACAUAAUAUUGACUAUUUUAAUAACAUCAUCGAGGUCUUUCUAGCUAAUUGACGACACAUUCCGUGGAAUUUUGACGAAAAUGAGGUGAAUCCAUUGAGUUUCAACUGAGUUUUUAAUAAAUCGAGAAGACUUGACGAUUUUUAAAUGACAUUAAACAAGAUUUUUUCAUCAUUCAUUAAUGCAGAGCCAUUUUUUUCAUCUGAAUUACGAAUGUUAAGUGCUGUUUUGAGUACGUGAAUCAGUGAAUGUUUCUCUUCUUCAGUACCGUCCACGAAAAUUCGUGUUUCCUCACGAUUUUAACAUUUUCUGCAUCAAAUCAAUGAUUUUAAUAAUAUUAUCAGGUGUUCGUAGUUAAAUGAAGACGGAUUUCGUGGAAUUUCGACGAAAAUAAAGUAAAUUCAUUGAGUUUUUUAAAAUUACAUUUAUGAGUGCCCGGAUUUUUGGUGUUGUUUUGAGUUUGUGAUGUGACUGAAGUGAAUUUAAAACAAAGAAAACAACGAGAGGAUCCAGAAAGGGUCUGAAGAUGUGCGAAAACAACAGGAGCUGGAGAAAAUCUUCAAUUCCAAAGUGAAUAAUCCUAGGACUAAGAUUGACUGCUGGAUCUUUCCGAGUUGGCAAGAACCGAAAUCGUAAGAUGGCGAAUGUCGCAGACGACGAGGACUUGAUUGACCUCGAAGGGGGCAUCAAUGUCUCCAGGGCGUCAAUUCACGACGCAACGGCUGACGAACAGGAGCACCUCCUGGACGUCUGUCCCCCGAAAUUGGAGCAGAAGCUGUCGUUGACACGAGAGCACAAACUAGUGCGUGAGUACUGCGACAAUGGGGAUAUCUUGGUGACCCUGGGGCAUGAUCAGGUGGUGCCAACGAGAAAGAGAAUCGAUGUGGUGUCCUCAGAGACCAUCAAGAGGGUGCGGGACAUCACGAAGAAUCUCGAACCCGUGAUGAACUCUGCUUCAGAUGCUCUCGAAAGCGAGGGGAAUGAUCAGCUGGACAGUCCUAAGCCGUUUUUGUGGGUAGAAGAGGCGGAUGAGUCGACGGUUGAAGCUCAAGCCAUCAGUGCCUUCGAUUUUCUAUCGGAAUUGGAUGACAACGAAGAGGAAAUCGAUGGGAGAACCAAAGAGUUCGUAGACGAAGAGGGUCUGGGGGGUGAGACGAGACGAUUGAACCCCUAUCCCCUCGAGCCCAUGUGUUUCAUCAAAAAUCCCAGUGGAAGCUUUCACGAUGUUGAUGUCUGUAAUAAAGAGUUGGACUGCAAUGAUGAGAGUCCGGUUAUUAAGAGCGGGGGAAGCGAUGUUUCCACGGAAUUCGAUAAUCUGGGGUACGACGUGUCGCCUCCUUCCAAAAAACCUAGAUUCGAUUUUUCAAUGGGUGAUAGACCGAAGUCUGUGAAUUUUGGGGUGGAUGAGGUGAGGCACAACGGGAGGAGAAAAGCACAGAGGCUGGAGAGGAAGUCGUGGAGUGCUGGUGGCAGUGAGGAAGAUUCUUGUUUGUUCGAGAGGUCUACGAGCUUUCAUGUCGAUUAUUCGUGUCAACCGUCUACUUCUGGGGUUGUCAGCUCAUCUAGUUGCCAAAGUGAGAAGCCGUCAGCCUCGUCCUCGGAGUGCUCCGAGGUGGAUUGGUCCUGGGUGGAGGAGCUGGAGCACCACCGCUCCCGUCCCCCCUCGAAAUCCUCCGCCUCCCACCAGCCCCCCGUCCCCCCCUCAAACACCACUCCAACCCCCUCGUUAAACGAUCCCCCGAGUGAUCCCAUCCCCGGUAAAAGUCACCAGACAGCCGAGCCCGCGAGUGAAGAGAACGUGCGGUUGGAGGGACAGCAGCUCGUGCGCAUGCGUCCCCCGAGCGACUACAAUCCUCUCUCAAAUGGCAGUGUCGCGAUGUCCGUCGAGGCGACGGGCAAGUCCUCACCCGCUAGUGCAACCGAUCCCCCGCACAACGAUGACACCAGUCACGAUGCCACAUCGAUGACAACAAUAACAACAACUAUCGACGACGAAUCGCCCCCUCAAAAUGACGAUUACGACAGUUCAAUUUCACGGGAUGUCAUUCAAAAUUCACCCGCCAACUCGUGGGUGCGCGCGUCAAUGCGAAGACUUCGGCAUCUCAGGCUUCCGGAGGCUGACCGAGCAAGAAGAGCACCGCCACCGUCAAUCGCAACGGAUUCUAUGACUGAAUCGUCUGUCAUAUCAGCACCAAAUUCACUACCUGAUAUUGCACUUAUUGCACCGGAAAUUCUGGCUGCACAGACCAACGGCACCAGCUCUGGAACAGUGCUGAGACCGUCGAGUGCGCCGGUCGUGAGGAACUCGAGUUCGGGGAUCGUUACGCCGAGGAGAGGACGCAGGAAUACCAGGUCCAGAACGCCGGGAAGUGGGGAGAGGGGCAGGAGGCAGAGUGCUAGUGGAUCUUCCUCGAGGGAUAUUUCGAUAAAUAGUGGUAGUGCUAGUGCUUCCGUUAGUCCGGUGUCGAGGUCGCCGCAGCAUCAGAGUACUGCGAACUUCAGCAGAAGAACCUGCGAGAGGCAGAGACAAUCAGACAGAGAAACUGAACGAAGUGACGAGGAGGAUGAGGAGGAGAACCCACUGGGGAAGUGGCCUCACGCCCUGAGCCCAGCCCUAGCUUGUUUAGGAUGUACACUUGGCCUUUUCAACAUCAGUAGGUUCGCAAUACUCAGUGUUCAAUUCGGUGCAAACUUCAUCGUACAAUUUUUGGUCCUGUCCCUCCUCCUGGGAAUCCCCCUAUUAACGCUACAAGUAUGUCUGGGCCAGCGUUUGGCUGCAGGUGCUGUCGACAUGUGGAGAAUAUCGCCAAUUUUUCACGGUGUUGGCAUCGCCCUGCUCGUCGCACAAGCCUUCAUCGGUAUUUACAGUAUUAUAGGAAUCUCGUGGAUGUUCGUUUACUUCAGAGAUUCUUUUAUUACGAAACAGGAUAGGUAUCGAUGGGCUGAACCAUUCUCCUUGUACAGAGAAGACGCUAAACCAGUGAACACAUCAAUACCUUUUAAACUACACGAGACUGUACCUGAUUACUUCAGUGGUGUAGUCCUACAAAGGCAUCAUCUCAACGAACCAAAUCCCAGUGUUGUUACUUUAAAAUUUCAAGUCGCUUUUAAUUUGGCUGUCGUCUGGAUGAUUGUCUUCGUGUCUCUGAGCAAAGGUUUAAGAUCGUACGGAAAAGUCGUCUACGUUUUCACGCUUGUACCGGUGUUUGGUACUCUCGUCCUGUGCACUAAGCUGUUGGGAUUGACCCCCGCUGGUACCAUUCAUCAACUGUUUCCAGCAACUGUUUGGAAUGAAUUUUUCAUCAACAAUAGAUCGUGGGUUGCCGCUUCGUCGGAGGUUUUUCUGACGUGGGGACUGCUUGGAGCUGCUGCAAUGCAGAUUGCAGCGCACAAUAAACAUAAACACCUCCUCCAACGCGACACAAGUCUCGUGAUAGUCCUGACCCUCGUAGUCCUUCUGCUGUCAGCAUUUCUAGCAAAUACUUGUGUGCAAAUACUCAGGUACCACGGCUACAUCUACACAACGAGUACCUUCGAGAGGAUAUCAGGGUAUAUCUUUAUGCGCCCAGUGAACCAGCCUCCUCCCUCGGGAUAUGGCAAUACACCCGAGAGAUUUAUGUCUCACGCUUCAUUUUUACUCGGUCAACGUGCGAUCAGACCUGGGGCAGAUCUCAGCCUAGAAUCCGGGUAUCAGGCACUUCGACUAUCCACUGAGCUUGUUCCAGCGACACUCGCUGUUUUGGGGACGGAACAAGUUUCACCUUUUUGGGCUGUUUUAUUUUAUUUCAUUCUCAUUUUGUUUGGGAUUGCUCAACAGCUCGCAAUAUGGCACUGUGUAAUAACCGGCAUAAUGGCAAUCAACACCAAAAUGAUGAAACUCUGGGAGACCACAAUAACGUUCUUCAGUUGUGCAUGUGCAUACAUACUGGGACUUCCCAUGGCGACAGAGUUCGGUAUUUACGUCGUUUAUUAUUUGGAUUACACUGUCGGUGGAGCCUGGUGGAUAAUGGUUCUGUACCUUGUACAAGUCGGUGCGGUUUUCGCUGUGAGGGGUAGACCACAUACUGGAGAGGCUGUAGUUGCUGAAUUGUUUCCACCAACUGGACGAUGCUUGAGACACUGGGCUGGCCCUCUGCUGUCUUUCACGUGGAAUGUUAUACUUCCAGUAACUCUUAUGGUGCUGAGCAUCACUCUCUUCAAAAGCAGCAGUUUUCGCGAUCUGUACAGCUAUCGAAGAACGAAUCGUGACUACUGGGCGGUGUGGGCUAGACAGCUGGGAGCUGCGAUACAGUUGAUUCCGAUAUUAAUAAUCCCAGCAGUUGCUAUCAUCCAAACUUGUCGGUAUUUGAACAGUGGACCACCGGAUAUAUUCGAUACUGAACAAGUGGAGAUAAACUAUACUCAUUGCGAGCAAUGCAACGCUAAUCGAAUUCAGCUGCUGUACCGUCCCUCCCUGGAGCCCCAGGACCGUCGCCACCCCCCGAGCGCCUACCCCACCGAGACAGGGACGAGUCUCCACGGAAACGGUGUUCUCCCCACGCCCUCCGCCAUUCCCUUCGAGGAUCCUCCCCCAAAGUACACGCCACCCCCGAGCUACACGACAGCAACAGGCGCUCGAAUAGCAAAGAUGCUGAGGCAGAGCUUUCGCCGAAGUGUCCGGAGGAUCGCCAAUGUCCUGGGUGAGGGCAGUGCCCCGAGGGCGAGAGCAGCCCUCCAGCCCCCUCCACCGGACUAUGCGACAGUUCUCGUCGAGAUGAACCAGACAAUUCUGUCCCAAGACAUCACAGUUCACGCUAUUGAGCCUCGACCAGACGUCACAGACACAGGAGCACUCCCAAGGGAUCACGACAGACACAGACCAAAUACCAUUGACAGAAUGACGAGAAUAAGCUCGUUGGAGCGAUGUCCUGUCGAGAGGACUCACUCGACGAUAGAACGCAACAGGAGACUGCAGAGUGGAUCGUCCAAUCUCACGGCUGCUGAUGUCGCUAAUCUCCUCAGGAGCAGCAUCAGGCGUGGGACUAACAGAACAAGUCAGACAUUACGACGGAGUUCCGUCAGCAGUCCUCCAGUUGCUGCUGCAUCGGUCGAGAAUCUUGUCAAUGCUGCUGCCCCAAUUGGCCAGGAUUCCAUGGUCUUCGAUAAAGAUGCACCACUAGUCCACGAUAUGAGUCACGAUGACAAUGGGGGUGACGAGAAGACUGGCGGAACGGACUCCACCGUUUCUGUGAUAUAAGACUCGAGACAUUUUAUUAUUAAUUCGUUAAUUCGUGUGAUUAUUUCGUUUGGACCUUGAGAUUCGGUGAUUUUAUUAUUCAAGGAGUUUGGUAGACUUUUUUUUCGUUGAGCUUCGGUAUUUUGGCGCAAGGAUCUCUUUACGUGCACGAGAUAUCGCGUUUUCUCAUCGCGAGGUGGAAAAUUUUGAUCGUUGGAAAUGGGGGGUAGGAGUUUCGAUGUCUUGGGAAUCUCUGAGAUUCUUGGAGAGCACAAAUGGAACUUUCAGGGGGUUUAACUACUGAUGGUCGAGCUUACUGUGUUUAUCGUAAUUGUUGUACAUGUGUUCAAAGGCAUUUUGUAAAUCCUCGACGGGGGAGUACUCAACUUAACUUGUAACAUAAUUGAUUAUGAAGUGUUUAACGAAACCGACUUGUCAAUGAAAGACUUUGUUUCAUCUUUUUUUUGUAAAUAAUUGUAGGAUUUUUAUAAGUAGAUGGAGACGUUUCUGUAAUGAAAUAAUAAAAGAGAUAUAUCGAUUUGA